AUGUAUCCCGUUACGAUACGCAUGGCUGACACCGACAGCGGCAACGACGUCUGCGGCGGCAGCGGCAAGCCCGUCGUAGUUGUCAUGCCGUUCGGGGUGCUCUACGGUGCGCUGAGAGAGCUCAAACUCGCAAUAGUCAUUCUUCUCUUGACGUUAGCCUACCUGAUCGGGGUCUGGGUGCUGGCCUGCAAUCACGAGUUGAGUCGUACGCCGAGCGCGAACCGGGUCACGAACCUCGGGCUCUCGGUGCUCGACGAGGACCCGAUACCCGACUUACCGACGAGUCCGGAGGGCGCCUCCUCUCGGUAUGAUGUGCCCGAAACGACAACCACUGACAGUAGUGAGCCUCGGCUGACCAUAGAGGAUUUAUUCAUAAGUGUGAAAACAACCAAAAAGUUCCACCGGAGUCGCCUGGACGUUAUCCUACAGACCUGGUUCAAGCUCGCCAGGGAUCAGACCUACUUCUUCACUGACGAGGACGAUGAGGAGUUUUCAAGCAAGACAUAUAACCAUUUGAUCAACACGGGCUGUCCCUCAUCGCACAAUCGACGAGCGCUGUGCUGUAAGAUGGGAGCCGAGUUCGACUUCUACUUGCAGAGUCGAAAAAAAUGGUGGUGUCACUUCGAUGACGACAACUAUGUGAAUGUUCCUCAACUACUGAGACACCUCCAGGAAUACGACUACAGGAAAGAUUGGUACCUUGGCAAGACAUCGAUCAAGGACCCUCUUGAAACACGAACUCGAGGAGAACAUCCCGAGAACGUGGCGUUCUGGUUCGGCACCGGUGGUGCCGGAUUCUGCAUCAGCAAAGCCCUGGCUCUCCGGAUGAAACCGAUCGCGAGUGAGGGCCGUUUCACCGACGUAGGGGAAUCCAUCCGUCUGCCAGAUGAUGUUACAAUGGGAUACAUCGUGGAGGUCCUCCUACAGAAACGACUCACAGUCCUCCCGAAUUUCCAUUCACACCUGGAAUCACUCGGCUAUCUCGACCAGGACAGCUUCAAAGAUCAGAUCAGUUUCAGCUACUCAAGCAACGGGAACGUUCUGAGUGUCGACGCCUCCUUCGACCAACGUCUUGAUCCGACUCGGUUCAUCUCGUUGCACUGCCGCCUCUUUCCUCAAUUUGAUGUCUGUAAGAGACUGGCCAGGCAAAAGGUUUUGGUCGAAAAAGCCAGCAAGAGGGCUCGUUGUUUGAAGAGGAUCAUCUCCGGGGACGGGGGCGGUUGUUCGUAGUUGCUCAGGACGUUGAUAUUGUGAGACCAAUCGUUAGGAAUUGUCGUUGAUCACUUCGAAAUGAUCCUUACGUGCCAAUUAGGUAGAGCAAAUAUGGAACUCAUCGAGUUAAUGUUGAUGAUGAGUUCGUAAAAGAUGUAAAUACUGUAAGAUAUACCAAUCUGUAUAAAAUCUGUAUAUGCGAAAGUCUUCGGGUAGCAAAGGAGGGUUGCGCGACCGUGGACCAUGUAAAAAACUGUUGCGAUCACUGUUGAGACUUUGAUGAAGCACGAGAGAAAAAUAAACUCUAUACACAAUU